AUGGCUAUUACUCGAGCCGGUCUCUUUACUCUAGAAACAUCAAAUCCUAGAUUUUACACAUUAUGCGGCCUGGUUCACAUAAAGGUAAUAUUCUCUCAAUAUAUCAGACAAAUUUUAUCUGAAACCUUUCAGAUCGCUUUUGGAUUAAUUGUGUUGUUUUUCAUGAUUAUGGAAGCUGCUGAAUGGUUGGUUUAUAUAACAGUUGAUGAUAUUGGAGAGCAAACUACAUGGCUCGAUUCAUUACUUUCAGUAAGAUGGGUUCUAUGUGUAUUAAUUUUUAUAGAUCUUGCGAAAUAGUUUUGAAUUAUUUCACAAUUUAACUUCCAUGAUAGCUCUAGAAAAAACGUAGAACAGAGUUGUGAAAUUCAAAACAUACCAGAUAUGAACAAUUUCAAAUAGACGAAACUUUUGUAAUUCGAAAGUUUACAUGAAUUUUCACAGCUUUCUACUAGUUAAAUAGAAAAUAUUCCCAGCUAAUUUUGCGAAAUUAUGUUCAUAAUUGAUUCGAAGAAAAAUUCAAAGAAAAAUAUAAAAUUGGUUUUCCGAAGAAUUAAAUAAUUGUGGGAAAACAUACAUUGUUUUUGUUUUUGUCUUCCGAAAAAGGAAAAUAAUAAAAUUUGGGGAAUAAUUUUUAGAUUGAAGAACAUUAAACUUUUAUAAUCUCCAUUGUCAACCUGGCUAAAUAACAAUUUUCAAUUUUUAACAAAUAAAUAAAUAAAGGGUUGAAACAUUUUUGAGAGAAUCUUGAAGAAUUAAAAAUUUUGUCAAAAAAUUAGCAGUUUUAUGAAAACUCCUAGAACUCUUCUUUUUUUCAGAUCUUGCAACUCAUCAUGGUAAUCUGUAUGGCUUUGGCAUUUGUAACAGAGAAUCCAUAUUUGAUCAUUCCAUUCAUUCUUUUCAUGUUUUUGACUAUCAGCAGUUUAUUAAUCUGGGUUUUCAAAGCAGUCGUUUGGGUGUUCACCCCAUAUUCUGCAUUCGUUUCAAGUUUGUUCAGAUUUGAUGAAAAUACACCAUUGUCGAAAAGAGAAACACGAAGUGAGUUGAUUUUGAAAAUGAAGGGGGUGAGAAUAUGAAUAUGCUGAAAAUUAUUUGUUUAAUAUCGUGCUGUGAUUGGCAACAACUGAACGCAUUUCAUGCCUCUAAAUUUCUACUUUGCUCAAAAUUUUCAUCAUAUAGCUUUUUUGCAGUUCUAUUUUUUUUGGCAAUGAUUGUCACUGCUGUCACCUUCCUAUCAUCCUGGUUGCAUACAGCACUCGUUUGUUAUCAAUAUUUUGAAAGUCGAGCAAAUGAGAAGAAACAGAAAAAAGCAAAUGCUUCCGCACCAUUGGUAAGUUUUUUAAAAACAAUAAUUUUGAAAGUUUCAUCUAAAAAUAUUUUCAGCCUCAAUUAGUGGUCCCUGGAACAAAUCAAAAAGUAACGCCAACUUCAUUCAACAAUCAAAACUUCUCGAUUUCUGACGAAGAAGAAGAUGAAGAUAAUAAAGUUUUUGAGCAAAAGAAAAACGGUCCUGAUAUGGUUUAG